UACCAGUUCCUCACCAUGAAUUCGGCAUCCUUGUCGCUAAUAUUAUUGGCUCUCAUGUCAAGAAGGGUGGAAGGAGACUCUGUCAACCAACCAGACCGUUCUAUUACAGUGCAAGAAGGGCAGAAUGUCCUGCUAUCAUGCAAAUACGAAACCACUACCUCACCAUACCUUUUCUGGUAUAAGCAAAAUAUAUACAGUAGCCCUCAGCUCCUCCUGGCAAGUUACGACACUGAAGGACACAGCCAGAACUUUUCAGCAAACCUUGACAAGGUGGCGAAGUCUUUUCAUCUGAUCAAGGAGUCUGUUGAGCUGAAAGACACAGCUGUCUACUUCUGUGCCUUGAGUGACACAGUGAGCACUGUAGCAUGGAGAAUGGGACAAAAACCCACCCAGUGGCAAAAUGCAGAAGCUCUUACCAUAUAUAGUAUUUCUUCUGAAUUGCUUAACAAAACAAAUUGGCUGGAUUUCACAAGUUGCCUUUUUCUGUUUCACAUGAUGCUGAGUGCAGUGCAAAUCUCAAAAGCCAAUCAAAAUAUUUGCUUUGCGUCUAUAUCCCUUCUUAAUUUCUUCUCUGCUAGAUCAAGCAAGAUGUUUCUUUCAUGGUCACUGGUGCUGUUAAUCUUGGGAAAGAGCACUGGAGUCACCAUAACCCAGACUGAAGGCACUGUGACUAUCAUACAAGGACAACCUGUAUUUCUCAAUUGCACCUAUGAAAAAAGUGUAGAUUAUCAACCAAGCCCAUUCUGGUACAUUCAAUAUCUUGGUCAUCCACCUAAGGUUUUUCAGAGUGUUUCUCUGAUAUCUAGUCCAGAUGUUAGCCUCCCUCAAGACUUCGAAGUCACAUAUAAUAAAAGAGAAAAGACUUUCAACAUGAAGAAAUUGAUCAGCCAACUGAAUGAUUCAGCUAUCUACUUCUGUGCUGUGAGCAGCACAGUGAGAGUGGGCAGAAGAGAAGCAGAUCAAAAACCUGCAGAGAGACAGAUGGAGAAGAGCAUUUGCAAGAUUUCAAGGCCUUAAACUACCAUCAAAUAUAUAACUACUUGGAAGCAAGAUCUACCCAAUUUC